AUGGACAAGCUACACGCCCUCGAAGCUGCGCUUGAGAAGAUCGUGUUGGAUCCCAAGUACCACGACAUCCUUACACUGGUAAAAGGCGUAAGGAAUGGCAUCGUAUAUGGAAGUAAAGUGCGAUUCCCGCAUGCGCUUGUGAUGAUCUUUCUCUUCAGAUCUGGGAGUUUCCGGUCAAAAUGUUCACUCGUCUACAAAGCGACCCGCCAACAUGCGCGUAACCUCGGCCUCUUCGCCCUCGUCUACAAAUCCACCAUGCUCUUCCUCCGACAUACUUCCCCAACCGGCAAAGAAAGGCACUACGAUUCCUUCCUUGCCGGUCUAUUGGGCGGCUACACAGUCUUCGGUCGCACAAUCCACAACUCCGUGUCUCAGCAAAUCGUCAUCUACGUAGCCGCACGCCUAGUGGACAAGGAGUAA